AUUUUUCAGGUACACCAGUGAACAGAAUUCCCAUCAUGGCAAAGCAAGUUUUGGAUCUGUAUGAACUCUACAAUCUAGUGGUCGCAAAGGGAGGUUUGGUUGAAGUCAUUAACAAGAAACAAUGGAGAGAAAUCACCAAGGGUCUGAAUCUACCCGCAUCUAUUACCAGUGCAGCGUUCACACUCAGAACACAGUAUAUGAAGUAUCUGUACCCAUAUGAGUGUGAGAAGAAGAGUUUGAGUUCACCAUCUGAGCUUCAAUCAGCCAUCGAUGGGAACAGACGGGAGGGGCGUCGACCAUCCUACCAUAGCCCUCACAUACACCCCCGUGGCCCCUCCCUAGCAUACCAUCAUGGGUUAGAUCUACACACCCCUUCUGGUUCCCCUCCACCCACAAUGAUACCACACCCAUCACGUAUACCUACUCUACCAACGAGAUUAUCACCAUCUACAUCACCAAUUGAGGAUGAUCACCCAGUACCCCUAAGCCUCCCACGACAAGGCUCUCUCAGUCACGCUGCGAUGCUCGCUGAGCUAGCAGAAAGGGGAUCGAUACCACCACCUUCUAAACGAUCUUUGCUGGCGGAGGAGCAUCAUCAUCAACGGCUAUUACAGCUUCAGCAGCAACAUCUUCUUAUGCCUUCAGCUCAUCUUAAAGUGAGCAGUGCAAGAGCACAUCCAGACUCUGGCAUGCCUCUGUUUGAGAUGAGAGGAGACAAUUCAUUGGUGAUGAGUAUUGAGCUUAAUGGUGUCUUAUACCAAGGAGUGCUUUACCCAAGGGGUGCACCGGGCCACCCCUUGCUUGGUGUACCAGUACCCCGCUCCAGUGCGUCUCCUAAGUAAAAACCUAAUAGGUCCAUGGUAAAACGGAGCCCCUCAACAAUAUGGACUGCUGUCAAAAGGACUUUAUGUUUGUCUGUGUGGACAGACGUGUGUAUUGAACUCUCAUUUUCUGAGGAAUCAUCAUUUGAUCAAGAACCAAGAUAGUUCUCCAAGAUAAACUGUACAGGAACCUGAUUAGAUGGCAGUCUUCUGAGCCAGAUGGACUGAUCUGAUAUGGAUCGGAUCUGAGUGGACAUAAAAACACCGAUUUCAGAGCUAAAACAGUAAAAGGGCGUUAGCAAUGCAUUGGUGCACUAAAGGUUCCGAAACAGUUCAUAUUUCUUGAUAUGUACAUUCCAUGAUGUUAUAGAAUUGUAUCCAACACUGUAUAAAUGAAUGACAUUUUCGACUUAGAAGUAAGAACUAAAAAUUGUUAUCAUACAGUGGGGAUAAUAAUACCAGCUCAACAUUACUGCCUGUAACUAUAUGUUCACGUUCUUCGCGGAUGUUAGAAAAUGUUAUUUCACUUUUAUAAAUGACUUGGGUUAGUAGAUAAUUUGGUUCAGUAGACGAUAUUGGCUAUUUUAUGUAUUUUGGGGAAAUGAAAACCUCUAUAGUUUUAGAAUUUGGGUUAUGUAUAUUGCAUUUGACAAUCUAUUUCGUUAUAAAUCAGGGUUAUGAUAAUGUAAGAGUAAGAUAUUCAUUCAGUUCACUUUAAGUUAAGAACAACCUGUAAACACUGUAUACAGUAUAAACCAGUGAACUAUAUUGUUAGAGUUCAGUGGUACAUAACAAUCAACUACUAAUGAGUAACACCACAUUGAAUAAUCAGGGGAUAAAAGCUACAACACUAGGAUUAAGCUUUAGCUCAACUCAUAAAGUAAAGCUGUUCUUUUAUAAAAGUUCUUUAUUAUUCACACUUGACAUAUACUGGUACAGCUGGCUAAUUAUCAUGUCUAUAGAUAUAGUAACUGGAUAAACAGAGACUUACAUAAAAUAAUACAGGGAAAGCAAGGAGAGAUCAAUCUUGCUUCCCACCUUCAUCAGGUGUAGACCUGCCUCUAAAACCCAGACCACCACUCAUGUGGUUAGAGGUCAAUAUUGGGUUCAUCCGACUUUCAUCCGAUUUUGUUAUAUUAUAAUAAAUGUUCCAGAAUAUUAA